UUUAUAUUUAGGCUGUUUAAUUGUUAAAAGCCUGUUAUUGUUAAAAGACUGUUUUAUUGUUAAAAGCCCGGCUACAUUCCCACGUAUCAGGACUGAGUGAAAUUACUGCACUACACUCACUAAACACGAAGCAGUUAUAAUGUUGAGGUCCAUGAGUCAAUUUAAUUUCUCGUUAAACGACAAUUCAUCGACUAAUGCAGCUUGGAAUGAUGAAGAAAAUGAUCUAUAUAUUAAUGACACCGCAAUUCGAUCCACCAGCCGAUAUGACUUGUUCGGACUGUUACGCAAUAGCGUUGGCAUAGCAGAAAAUAUUUGUGACGAUGCUAAACCAGCACUGCGAACCGUGACUCCUCCACUAGAAAUGCUUGAUCUUAUAAGAGAACAGGACCAAGACGAAGAGGUUCUUGUUUCCCAGAGAAAUUUUUUAAACUGGACAUUUAGCGAGGGGAAUAUAAUAGGAGCCUACUAUGAUGAAGGCGAUUUUGACAUAGACGAAUACGCAUCCACUGAUCAAAAUGAUGGUCUUACGGAGCAGUCGCAAGGCGAUAGCGGUGAGAGUCAAACGGGGAAAGAAAUUUUGAAAACUUUUGGCCCGUAUCAAAAAGGAAAUAAAAAUCCUGAAACCGCUUUAGAGGAGCCAGCAGCUUUUAUGGCUCCGAUGCAAAGUAUGUCAUAUAUGUCCGAUCCUUUGGUGAGGUAUUUCUCGUCAUUAUUGAAGCGUGGAUUGACUGAAUCGUUCCGUCAGAUUUUCCAGAUGGUAUCUGUAAAUCAACGGCAAUAUCUUGCACUACAUACCAAAAACCUUGUUACCGACAAAGAUUUUUAUAUUAAAAAAGAACCAGGACUUCUAGUCCAGCUUGGGGAUGCGUUCGGGCAAAUAGAGUUCCUCAGCCAAAAUGGUUUGCAUGAUUCCGCUUUUUCCACUUGCUACAGCUUAAUACAAGAAUACCACCAACAUCCCCAUAACGUGGAAAUUGUGCUCGAGACUCUGAAGUAUUACUUACACAAACUGUCAAAAAAGUGUCGGGAAGACGGCGGAAAGUGUCAAGCCGUGGCAUCAUGUAUUUUAGCUGAUCACCUAAAGCUGAAAGAAAAGGAUGUGGAAUUCUUCAAACUAUAUAUUGACGUAUACUUCCUGAGCAAGACAAAAUCUUGGACACUGGACAAUGAAAUAUUGUUGGCUGACCACGCCGCGAGGAAUUUGUUUGAUCUAUACAUACGAUGGGGGCAAGCGCAACAUUUUCCCGUUAUAGCUGAGGAAUAUUACAUUAAAGCCCAGAAAAUGGCCGAUCAUACUAGAAACAACCGGAUGCGGCUAACUGCGGCCUGUUGUCUGGUGGAAAGCAGCUUUCUGCUCAAUCGGCUGGAUGUCGAAGGAUCGCGAAUGAUUUUAGCCGACUUAAGAAAUUCACUUGAUAAGCAAAACAAUGCAUAUUUUGCAAUGGAAAACCUUAUGGACUGGGCAGAAGCGCUUCUGUUGCUGCGUGAAAAUCGUUACGAGAAAUCUACCGCUCGAAUGAAGCGAUACAUACACAGUCAAGAAGCUGAGGAUAACCCACAUCAGUUGCACAAAGCCUACCGCGAAAUUGCUCUGCUUUAUGAACAGCAGGGUCACACACAUGUCGCGUUCCAUCUCUUUCAAUCGGCCUGGCAAUCGAAACGCCGCGCGCCGGUUUUGCCGGAUGUCGGCGGCAUGGAAGAUACUAUUAAACAAGGAAGCCCCGAAGCGGUCAAACCGGACAACAAACACCUGGACUUCAUAAGUUACAUUAAGAGUAUCUACCACGACAUCAGCGAUCCUGCUCGUCGUAAACAUGCCGUUGAAAUAUGCCAGUUGUACUUGGAACUUAUGCGUCCUACGCGGAAGGAGAUAGAUAGCGAAGGUUACGGACAUGUCAAUAUUGACGCUAAAUUAACUUGCCUUGACCACGAAAUUCGCCUGCCGCUACCUUGUGAACACAAGGCAUAGUGUGGUGGAUCUCGUGCAUAUAGAUACUGUCUUUCAGUUAUUACACCGUAAAACAUUUAGAUUACGGGUGACUAAUGUUUUUGUGAAGUUGGCAAAUUUCUUUCGGACAAAUAAAA